AUGGACAGGUACCAGAGGGUCGAGAAGCCGAGGCCGGAGUCGGCGAUAAACGAGAAUGAGAUCCGGAUCACGACCCAGGGGCUGAUACGGAACUACAUCAGCUAUGCCUCCAGCCUGCUUCAGGUCUGCGGUUAACCCGAAUCGAAUCUCUGUUCCUUCUUUGUCGGCCGGUCCGUGUAAGAUUGCUCCUAUGAUCUUCCUUUCCUCCCUGCUCGCUCUUAUUGUGGAUGUAUCUGUCUAGGAAGGUUGUUAAUGGUGGUUUUCUUGUCGUCUUUUUUGAGAGUUUUUUGCGUGGUCUUGUGCGGUGUUGCCCCAUGUCGCGUGUACUAUUAGCGUACUUCUGUGCUUCCAUGUGUCUGUCUGUCUGUCUGUCUGCCCACCUUCUAUUGAAUAUUUAUUCGUCAGUUGGGAAUGCUCCCCUGUUCUCCAAAUAUCGCCCUAUGAUUUGCUUAUUCAUUACCUAUCUUUUAGGCUUAUUUUGAAUCCAUUUACAUGGCAUUCCUGCUUUAUUUUUGGUCGCCUUUUCUGUUUAUCUGGAUGGUUUCUUCUAUGCUACCUGAUACUAAGCGUAUUAAGUUUUAUCGUGCUUUCCUUUCUAUUUUGUGCGCAUGUUAAUUAUUGAUGUAUCCCCUUCGAAUGCAUUGGAUUGCCUUCAUAUUGUCGCGAUAUCUUUAUGCCUUCAUGGACGAACUUCUUCGGCCCAUAUCCUACUUAAGCAAUGCAUUGAGCCUGAUAUGGUCAUAUCUAUUCUGUAUUGAAAUAUCUUGUCGUUAUAUUUUCAUUUGAUCACCUUUUCAAGGUUUCUUCGUCAUUUAAAUGCAGUCUAUUGAUACGAUUAUUCUUCAGUGUUUGAAAGUAUUCGUUAUUUAUUACACUGUCUGUGUUGCCUCCUUUUUUUACGUGUUUCGAGUUUUCUGCUUGCUAGCAUCGAGUGAAGUAAACGUUUCAUUUACAGGCGAUUGUCUUCCUAGUGAGCUAUAGGGAAUAGGACCAUACACUAAUCAGCAAUGAUUUUCCUGCUUGACUCAAACGAAUUUCUCCGGCAGUGCAGACUGAAUGUGUGUAAUUAUUCAUCUUAUGUAGAGAGUGUAACAGAUGAUGAAUGAUUUUUCGGAAUGCUCAUUUAAAUUGAAAGAUUAGCAACUGAAGUUUGUGAGCUAUAAAUAAUUGAGAAGAAAUUUGUGAGUGGAGUGCUCUGUCUUUAGUCAGAAUAUCAUAUUACGUUUUUAUAACUGUAAGAAGAGAAGUUCUAAUCAUUUUUUAAAAUUUUAAUUAUACAUUGUAUGUCAGUGACAUUCAGAGUAUUUUUUGUUCACACAAUUUAUUUAUGAAAACAUAAUACUUUUAGAAAGUAGAUAAUUAAAUUGCAUUAAUCUGUGGAAUUAUUUGGCGUGCUGUUUACACUUGUUGGUAUUUUAUAUAGGACACUUUCAUAAUAAACAGCUGACUGUUAAGUCCAGAUUGAAAGGUGCAGUUACCUUUCUUAUCAUGUAUCAACAAUUUGAUACUUUGGACCCUGUUCGCUACCCUUUGAGGUAUGAUAGUUAUUUACAUCCUGAAUUAAGAUUUUAAAAUAUCGUAGACUAUAACAUUGUCAUGGUAUUUUUUGUUGUCAAAGCGAGAGUAGAUGUGCUUACUGCCGUACUGUCAGGGAAACGAGGCUAUGCAAAGCCUUUGUUUACAUAAUUUUCUGAAAAAAAUUAUGAUCCAAAUGUUGUCUGCAUAUGGUAUCAUUCCAAUUUCAUGUCAAACUAAUGUUAUCGGUAAUUAUUUGAAUUUACGCAACGUGCAAAGUCAAUCUUUUUAGUCGGAGAGAGGCUUUGCAAUGGCUUCAUGGAAACAUCGCACAAUUGAAUAGGUCUAUGGUAAUGUAACGUUUUAACUUUUGAGCUGAUCACGGCAGAUUGUUGACCUCGACGGUACACAAAGGCAUAUUGGCGUUCAAUAUGUACGCUUGAGUCUAUUUCUAAUUAUUUUUAUGUGCGACGCGUGUUUGAAUUGUUUGUUUGUUGUACAAAUUUUCUUGCUAAAACGUAUGUAUGUGUAUGUAUGUUUCAAUAAAACUGUAUAAUUAUAUAAUUAAAAAUUUUACAAGAAGGUGCUCUGGGGAACAAACAAAGUUACUAAGUACGUAGGUGAUCAAGGCGAGCACCUUGUAAUGAUGGAACGUUUGGUUGAAAACCUGCUAGUGAUGGAUAUUUCUUUACAAUGGAAAAAGAAUAUGUGUGCUAUAUUACACGGAAACCCAUUUUUUGCUUGAUUGAGUUUGUUGAAUUACGACUGGGUUAUUUAGAGACGAUUUUGUGACCGUGCAGAGAAGGUUUUCGUUCUAGGUUGGCUGUUGUUCCAACGAAAAUGGAAAUUAUCUCAGGGGAAGGCGAAAUUUGCGUUCGCUGUUUGAUAUCGUGAUCUUCAUUUAUGCUCUUUUUGUUCUUUCUUUGUUCUAAUUGUUGGGAAGGCGUUCUGUUGUUCCUCUUUCUUCUUCUUCUUUUUUCAUCCACUCCCUAGUAGUUUCCGUCAAGAUUCUUCUACUGUGACAAUGGGGGAUAAAUGUAAGUUUGUUUUUGGGGAGGCACUCCCAGUGGUCUGUCUGUUUUAAGUAUGCGUGCUCUUGUGAGAGUCUUAUUCAUCUGUAUAUAGCAGCUAUUCCUCUAUUUCGUUUCCUUUUCACGCUGUUUGCUGAUCUUUUUUCGUGCUUUGUUCCCUUGAUUUUUUACAUGGAAAAAAUUCAGGAAAAGAGGGUGAGAGAAAUCGUUUUAAAGGCCAUGGGACAGGCCAUCAGCAAGGCUGUUGCCAUUGCGGAGAUUAUAAAGGCUAGUUUCGCAUCCUGUAAAUUUUUAUUCAUUUUUUUCUUUUUCUAUCUGCUGCGUAUUCAUGAGAUUGACUGUGCAUUUGCAUCUGAGAGCAGAAGAGGAUGCCUGGUUUGCAUCAAGACACCACAAUCAGUUCAACCAGCAUCACUGAUGUGUGGGAACCCAUUGAGGAGGGCCUUGUGACGUGGGUAUCCUUUCAUUUUGAGGAGAGAGUUCUAGAGAACUAGCUAACAUUUUGCCACAAUUACAUUGUUGACCGUGCUUUGCAGUCUGGAAACUACUCGUCAUGUCUCAAUGAUCUCGAUCACUUUAUCAACAAGAGAGCUGAACAAGAACUCUCCAGGGUGACUAUUUUUUUUUCUUUGUGUUCAUUUAAUUCCGAUUUGCUUCACUGAAAUGCUUCAGAAUGUCCUUUUUUCAAGAAAACUAGAAAAGCCACCCACAGAGCUCACAGUUGGGAGAGGCUUUAUGGUUUUUGAGCUUAGUCUCCGUUUUUCAGUUACCAAGCUCCAGCCUACCCGGAGCACCCCAGGCCGCAAUAUCAGUAUCGUCAGCAGCAGCAGCCGCAGCCGCAGCCGCCGGUGCCACCGCCGCCACAUCAGCAAGAACAUCAAGGUGGUCGAGCACAAGGACCGAUCGUUGAAGGUUUUGUUCAUUUUAACCUCUUGGAGCUACGGGGAGUGUGGUAGGUCAAGGUGCUUGCUUUCAGCUAAAUUACAUUGAUUUCUGUAGAUUCAUACGGCCGCGGUCGUGGUAGAGGAAGAGGAAGGGGUUGGGGCAGAGGUGGGUAUGGGGGGGGCUACGGUGGAGGUGGCUAUGGCGGCGGAGGCUAUGGUGGAGGUGGGUAUGGUGGAAGGUACGGCGGUGGUUAUGGGAACAACGGUGGCGGCUAUGGCAACAACGGCGGUGGCUAUGGCAACAAUGGCGGAGGCUACGGAAACCAUGGCGGUGGCGGCGGUGGCUAUGGAGACGACGGAGGUACCUCUCUUCUUCUAAAAAUCCUUUCAUGGGAAUUUCAUGAACACAACCGCUGACGGGGUGGGGUGGGGCUAAUUGUUCCCUCUGUCACAGAGAACGGUGGAUGGGAUUACAACUACGGCGGCCGGGGCGGCGGCCGCGGGCGAGGCUGGAGCUAUCGUGGUAAAUAAGAACUCACCUCCACGAGCCCCCCCCCCACCUCGACGGUGACUUCAUGUGGUGAUUCUGAUGCGUUUGCUUGAUCGAUCGGUUCUCUUCCCCAACUUGGUUGUAGGUGGUGCCGGAUACGAGAGAGGCAGAGGCGGCCCCGGUGGGCGGGGAUACAGCCGCGGCGGGCGGGGCAGGAUGGGAGGCGGACGGGGCAGGAUGAUGCAGGGCUAG